AUGUUAAAACCAACCAUAAAUAUUAAAUAUAAUAGUAAACUAUUAGGACUUUCUUCCAACUUUUUAAAACCAACAAAUAAUAAUAAUAAUAAUAAUUAUAAUAAUAAUAAUAUUGGUGGAACUUCAAAACAAAUCAUUUUUGGAAAUAAUAUAAAUAAUAAUGUAAAUAAUAAUAAUAAUUGUAAAAAGUAUAAUAAUAAUAAUAAUAAUAAUAUAAAUAAUAGACUAAUAGAUAAUAAUAAUAAGAAUGAAUUAUUAUUUGGUAAAAGAACAUUUUAUACAAUUAAUAAUAUAGAUUCAUCGGUUGAUAUGAAUGUGAUACUUGGUAAACCAAAAUCAGCAGAUGAUGUAUACCAAUACAUGAGGGAAUUGUUUAAUAUUAGUCCUUAUUGUGAGAGUAUUAGAAUCCCAUUCAUGUCUUCGGAACGAGAUAUCAAGGACAUCAAAGGAAUCAAAUUGUAUGGAAGAAAAGAAGAGAAAUCAUGGAUUGUCAUUGUUGGUGGAAAGGAACCUGACCAAUGGACGAGUAUAUCGACCACACUCUAUCUUGGUGCAAUGUUUUCCAACCAACCACUCGACAAUAUCGAUGUAUUGAUAUUCCCAAUUCAAAAUCCAAUCCCCUACACUGGCAAUGCAAAUCUACCUCUUCAACCACACCAUCAUCUCCAAACCUACCAACCCAGUACAAGUGUACAAGUUGGUCAACAACAUGGAUUUACAUCAUCUGUAUCUUCUGGUAGAUCUUCAUCAUCAUCAUCCGACUCUAAAUCUUUUAAUUCAUCUCCUUCAUCUACAUCAUCAUCGAUCUUUAAUCUUUUAAAUGAUGGAUCAUCAUCAAAUAAUCAAAACACAAGAAAAUCAUCGAUUGUAUUUAAUGAUUGGUUAAAGAGAUCAAAGAGAAAAUUUGAAAACCUUGAUGUUAAAAUCAGCAAGGAUGGCCAACCGUACAUCCUCAAUAGCCACUCGACACUAAGAAAGCUUGCUGUCACCGAGACAGAGUUGUGGGAUGGUGGAAGAAAGCAGUUCAAUGCUUCAACGUUGAUGGAUAAUGGUUGUGGUCCCAACGGUGGUGUUGGUGGUGUAUUCGAUAUUCCCGACUCUAUCGAUGUGUCACCCAUCUCAUCGAUCAUGGGUCACGGUGGCAAACAAUCUCCCAACAACUUUGGAUUUCCAAAGAGUCAACACCACCACCCCAACUAUGUCAUUGAGAUUCCAAACAUGUACAUGCAAUUAUCAGACGACCAACUUUUACAAUACUCUCAAAAGAUUAUGAGUGAAAUCAGAAUGAUGGAUAGUAAAUAA